UAAAAAUUAUUUAAAAUAGAAAUUAUUUACAAAGAAGAAUAUAUUAGAAAAAUUUGUAAGACGUUAAUGCAGUAAUAAAGAAACAAUGAAAACGAUCCAAAAGUAUACAUGCAACGUAUAUUGAACCGCGUGAUAAGAUUGUCAAGGUCGCCCGACAGUGUAGCUGUGGUUAGCUGAAAGAUAACACAUACAACAAAUCAAUGUUGUGACAUGUUUUUCUAUCUUUUUCUACAAAAUAUUUGUCUGUCAUAAUAUUAAUGCGUACUUAUUUAAAAUUCGACGAGAAUCAUAAGCUAUGCUACAAAAGACUCUCAAAUAUUUGAACUCUUUUGUUAUUUGCCAGUUCAUCAUACGAACGGCUCAAAAUUCUCAUUCUCUUAAAUCAAUUUUUAUUGACGUACUGCAUGUCAGUACUGACUACUCAUUUCACGUAGAUCGUACUUAUAAAAACAUCGUAAUAUCGACAUAAUUUUCUUACUUAUUAUUUGCUCCUCGAUGUUUCACAUCGGGGAUGUCGGAGCGGUUUAUUCUAAUCACUUUUUUUGACAUCGAAAAGUGUAAUUCAAUUUACCUGGAUCUGAAGAUCGCAGUAGGAAAUGUCUUACAGUGAUGGUGGGCGACCGGCACGAAAAUUCGGUACAAAGUCACCUAAGAAGCUUUGCGUGACUAAGAGUGAAAACAGUGAUAAAACUACGACGACUAUUAAUUGUAACAAUCACCAUCACAAUCAUCAUCAUCAUCAUCAUCAUAGCCAUCGAUUUCUCGAUAAUCCACAACCGUCGGUGCACAAACGCAAUUUGUAUAUUGUUUCUUUUCCCCUUAUAUUAUUGUUUAACGUUUUAAGAACUUUGCUUUAUCAACUUUUUGUGGUGUUUAAGUACUUGUAUACAUCUACCUCACAACUGAUUCAACGAAGACAAGCUACAAAGCAUAGUUGCCAGCUUGAAAUAGUUGUUGGUCAAAAGUCUGAAAAUAAUUUGACUCGUGAUUUGAUUAAUACUGCACAAAGUGAAAGUGAAGAGAUGUCACAAGUACCUAAGAGAGCGAUUGGACCUGGUCCUGGCGAUCCACUGCUCGCUAAACAAAAGCAUCACCAUCGUAGAGCUUUUGAGUUUAUUAGUAAAGCACUCAAAAUUGAUGAAGAUAAUGAAGGAAAAAAAGAAAUGGCUAUAGAACUUUAUAAAAAAGGAAUUGGCGAAUUAGAAAAAGGAAUAGCUGUUGAAUGCACUGGUGGCCGUGGCGAAGUAUGGGAACAUGCACAAAGAUUGCAUGAUAAAAUGUGUACAAAUUUAGCAAUGGCUAAGGAUAGGCUUGACUUCUUAGUGAGUGUGUGUGAGCUGAAAAAACUGGAUAUCGCCAAUGAAUAUCGUACUUCUGGAAAUAAAUUGGACAACGAACAUCCAGGAAAACUUCUGAGGGCUCGUCGCAGUGUACACACAUUACAAACUACUCGUACAGCUUCUUUAAAUAUAAGUCAUAAUAAAAAUAUGAAUAAUUCACAAACAGUAAAUACAGGACAGAACACAUGCACUCAGAUUCCCAAAUUAAGGCCACGAUCUCCAAAAAACUGUUGCGUGCAUCCUUCUGAAGCAUCUGGAAGAAAACUAUCUGUUCCUGGAAAACGAUUAAUGGGUACAAAUAUGAGUAAGAGUCAAACAUUGCCACGCAGUAUGGGUCGCACAACAAAUAUUCAACCUACUCAUAGAGUGACACCCAUAAAACCAUCGUCAACACCACCUUCUGUAAAAAGACAAUUAUCUGUACCUGGUAAUGGUUCACCUUUAAGAAGACCUGCAACACCAACUACAUCAAACAGUAACAGAAGUACACCAACACGAAAAGUACCUCUUCUAAAAGGUGUAGAUCCAAAGCUUGCUCAAGUUAUAUUAGAUGAAAUCUUAGAAGGUGGAACAGCUAUCCAAUGGGAAGAUAUUGCUGGUCAAGAGACUGCAAAACAGGCUUUGCAAGAAAUGGUGAUAUUACCCUCAUUGCGACCAGAAUUGUUCACAGGAUUACGAACUCCUGCAAGAGGAUUGUUAUUGUUUGGUCCUCCUGGAAAUGGAAAAACUCUUCUAGCACGUGCCGUAGCUACGCAAUGUAAUGCAACAUUUUUUUCAAUAUCUGCUGCUAGCCUAACUUCCAAAUAUGUAGGGGAAGGUGAAAAGUUAGUAAGGGCACUUUUUGCAAUAGCAAGAGAAUUGCAACCAUCUGUUAUUUUUAUUGAUGAAGUAGAUUCAUUAUUAAGUGAACGCAGAGAUAAUGAACACGAAGCUUCAAGACGAUUGAAAACAGAAUUUCUUGUUGAAUUUGAUGGUUUGCCAUGUAACCCUGAAGAGAGAGUGCUCGUUAUGGCUGCUACAAAUAGACCACAAGAAUUAGAUGAGGCAGCAUUGAGAAGAUUUACGAAACGAGUAUAUGUUACGCUACCAGAUAUAGCAACAAGAAUUAUGUUACUUCAGAGACUUUUAGCAAAACAUAAUGAUCCAUUAACAAAGGAAGAACUCAAGGAAAUGGCGAUUUUAACAGAAGGAUAUUCUGGAAGUGAUUUAACUGGUUUAGCAAAGGAUGCAGCCCUUGGUCCUAUCAGAGAGUUGAAUCCAGAUCAGGUUAAAGAACUUGAUCUUAAUUCUGUACGCAAUAUUACAAUGCAAGAUUUUCGUGAUUCUCUGAAGAGAAUUCGUAGGUCAGUAUCACCUGCUAGUUUGGCUGCAUAUGAGAAAUGGAACUUUGCGUAUGGUGACGUAAGUCUUUGAUUUAAGUUAAAUGUCUCUGGGAAGAGGCUUCCAAAUUAAUUAUUUUUCGAUAUGAGUUCAUAUUUGUGGUAUGAUAUAUAUUUGAAAUAUUUGAAGAAAGAAAAAGGAUGUUCACAACAUUAUAAAGUAAUUUAUUGGGACAUAUUGAGUAGAAUGUAUAUAUGUAAUGUUUUUUUUUUAAUAUUUCAAUUAAUCUACAAUUAACGAAACAAAAUAUUAACGAAAACGAAUAAAUACUGUAGCCAUAUAACCAAUGAUAUUUUUUUGAUAAUGCAAUAUAAUAUCAUAUAAAAUAUAACAUUCACUAUAUUUAGUAUGAAUUAUAUAUAUGAAUAUGACUAAAAAUGAAUUUGUAUCUUAGUCAUUAUUUUGUUAUAAUAUUGUAAUAGUUUUUAUUAUAUUUAAUGCCAUAGAGUCCUAAUAAUUUGAUUCCCUUUUUUUCAAAUUUUUGUUAUUUACAAUAAGCUAGUUCAUAAUAUUUUUAUCAAGUCUUACUUUAUUACUUACAUGCAGAAUGCAUAAUUUUGAAUAUUCUAAUGAAUAUUGCUAUGUAUUACAGCAAAGUUGUAGAAAAGUACUUUAUAUCAGAUAUAUUGUAAAUAAGUUAUUGUUGAUAUACAUAUAUUGAUAUGAGUGAUGAGAUAUAGCACUGCAGGAACAGCUGUAUCUAUAAAAAGAAGCAGCAUGCAUCUACUUAAAUAGUAAGAAUAAAGUUUAAUUCUGUUAUAACUAAUAAUGGUUAUGACAUUAUUACAAUUAAAUAUCAAUUAAUAGGUGUAUAUUGCAAUGCAAUAUAAUGCAAUGCAAAACGACACACAGACACACACGCGCGCGCGCGCAUGCAGUAAAUUGUACACAUCCAGGUAUUACAUUAUAGGUAUUGUUAUAUUUAAAGUACAGCUCAAAAAUUUAUUUGAUCGUUAUUAAGAACAAUGUAUUAUAACUUGUUUGACUAAUACUAUUUGCCAAAGGUGAUGGUAUUUUACUUUAAUGCAUAUUACACAAAACAACGAAAUGAAUGUAAUGGGUAUGAAAAAUUACAGUGAUUUAUGGUUAAUAAGAAAAUAAUCGAAAAACAAUAUCAUUACGAAAAAUGUAAAAAAGAAAUACCCUGCAAUGUAUACGUAUGGGUAUAUAAUAUUCGUCCAUUGCUUCCAGUGCUCAAAUAUAGAAUAAUCAUUGUUCAUGUGAUCGAAACAAUCUGUGACUUAAAAGUGCGUUGAAUGCAUGUAUAUAGUUGAUAAGCUAAUUCCAAUAUAAAUUCUAUUAUGAGCUUUUAUCAUUUAAUUGUGUGUCCUUGCUUAUAUAUUAAGUCUUUUAUAGUCUUCAUAAAUUAUUGUACUCUAUAAUAUCAGUAAAUUUAAAUAGUAAAUUAUAUUAAUCACCUAAAUAUGCAUAUUAUUUUAGUAGAGAACUGAUCAUUUGUUACCGUAAAUAUUUCAUAUUAAAUGUAUCAUAAUGGAAGAGUAAUAUAUAGAACUCAUUGAAAACUUAAUUUCUCAUUUAAAAAUUAUAGCUUUUUCAUCUUAACAUUUUGUAAUUAUAUGUAAUUGUAAAAUGGAACAACACAAUUGUGUUAUGAUGUAAUCUGUAUUUGUGAAAAUGUUAAUAGCUUUUUAAUAUAUUUAAAUUAAUACAUGUGCAUUGUCAUUGCAUUCGUUAAACUAGAGCAUGGUGGAAAUUCUGACGCUGGUCUAAAAUAUAAUUAAUGUGUUAGAGUUAAUAUAAGAUGAUGUUUUGUAUAAAUUUUCUUAGCACAUUAACAAAGUAAAAGUGCCAACGCAGUUACAUUAAUCCAACCUGCUCUGUUUUCGAUUGCAUUGUGAUAUUUGCUUAUCAUAAAAUUUUGUACUUUUUCACUGCCUAAGUUUAAGUUAUGCUCACUUCGUGUGCAUCAUUGUAUGCAUUGUAUGUAUAAAGACCUUCUUCGAUGUAACUCCAAAUUGUCAGCCUUAUAUAACAAAAUGAGAUGACAUAAAAAUACGUUAAAAAAAAAACAGGCCUUCCAUUCUAAACAUGCUCAGCCUUGAUUAAGUUAUUUUGCUACUUUUAUAUCAUAUAAUGAUAAAUUUAUAAGGUAACAUCUGACUAACUUGUUAUAAUAGUAAUUAAUGCUAUUUAAGCUAUAUCUAGUUAUUGAUUGGGAUGCUGAAAAAAAUGUAUGCACAUGCAUUUUUUAAAUCUUUGAACAAAUGUGCACACUGUGAUGAUGAUUCAAUCGCGUAUUUAAUUAUGUAUUUAAAAAUAUAUUAUUCUAAGUCUUACAUGAUAAUACCUUUGAUAAUUCAUACUCUCUUGAAUGCUAUAAAUAACUUAGGUCUUAGGCAUUGAAACCUAUAAUUUGCAAUUUCAGUAGCAGUUUCUGAACAAAAAAAGAAGAAAAAUAAUAAAAAGUAAUAUAUAUAAAAAAAAAAAAAAAACAGGAAAUAAGAAACAAAUCGGUUGAACAUUUCCGUCAGAUCGAUGUGCAUAAUAUUGUAUUAAAAAAUAUAGCCCUUGCAUCGCAUAUUUAUAAGUUCGUCUUGUUGCCUAGAUAUUGCAGUAAAAACACGUGUGUGCGUUUUCACCUCAGUAUUAUAUAUUGUAUUAUGAGUAGAAUAUGUUGACCUUUACGUAUAUGAUGUUACAUAUUUAAGUUCGCGUUGAGAACAAAUAUUGUUAAUGACAAAUAGUUAAUGUUGAUGUUCCUUACCGUUAUUUAAUCAUAUAAAGUAACUUUUAAUUCGCAGUCAUACUUUAAUACUCCAUACUCUGUACAAAAUUGUAAUACUUUGAUUAUUACUUUAUUGCUAUCACAAUGUACGAACUAUAUAUGCAGUAAAAUCACGAUGGAAUGGAUAGUA